GGAGCGGGGAUCGCAGACCGGCGAGCGGCGGCAGGAGGCGGCGGCGCUGGGCGGCGCCGAGGCCCAGGGGCCGCCGGAGCCAGCGGGAGCCCGUGCCCAUCGUCUCCUCUCGCCCCCAACGCUGUCGCCGGCAUCGGUCCCAGCGGCGCAGAGAGAAAGGUCCCAAAGAUGGCAUAGUGAUGAAGGCACCUUCCAAUGAUCGGAACGUCUUUACCCGAGGGUGCCUGCCUGGGCCCGUGGCAUCGCGUUUAGCCAAAGGAACUUGUCUACCACUUCCCGGAAAACGUCUUACUCUCCUAAUUCAUGAGCCAGCAGGAUGCGGUCGCCGCGCUUUCAGAACGCCUGCUCAUAGCUGCAUACAAAGGCCAGGCGGAGAAUGUGGUUCAGCUCAUCAACAAGGGUGCCAAGGUAGCGGUUACCAAGCAUGGCCGGACCCCCCUGCAUCUUGCUGCCAAUAAGGGCCACCUUUCUGUGGUCCAGAUCUUGCUGAAGGCUGGCUGUGACCUCGACGUCCAGGACGAUGGGGAUCAGACCGCCUUGCACCGGGCCACGGUGGUGGGGAACACCGAGGUCAUCGCGGCGCUCAUCCAGGAGGGCUGUGCUCUGGACAGACAGGACAAGGACGGGAACACGGCCCUGCACGAAGCGUCCUGGCACGGUUUCAGCCAGUCUGCCAAGCUGCUCGUUAAAGCAGGAGCCAACGUGCUUGCCAAGAACAAGGCGGGGAACACGGCUCUGCACCUGGCCUGCCAGAAUAGCCACGCCCAGAGCACACGCGUCCUCCUGCUGGGCGGCUCCCGCGCCGACCUCAAAAAUAACGCAGGCGACACCUGUUUGCACGUUGCUGCGCGCUAUAAUCACUUGUCCAUCAUUAAGCUCCUCCUCAGUGCUUUCUGUUCCGUCCAUGAAAAGAACCAGGCUGGAGACACAGCACUUCAUAUUGCUGCUGCCCUAAAUCACAAGAAGGUGGUUAAAAUCCUGCUGGAAGCCGGAGCAGAUGGGACCAUUGUCAACAACGCAGGCCGGACUCCACUGGAGACUGCCCGCUACCACAAUAAUCCGGAAGUGGCUCUCCUCCUCACUAAAGCGCCCCAGGUCUUACGCUUCAGUCGUGGGCGAAGCCUGAGGAAAAAGAGAGAGAGGCUCAAGGAAGAGAGGAGAGCUCAGUCUGUGCCGAGAGAUGAUGUGGCACAAAGCAAGGGAAGUGUCUCAGCAGGAGACGCCCAUAGCAGUGAACAGGCUGUACCCAGAAAAGAAGAGUCCAGAGAAGAUUUCCUGUCCGCCUCCCCGGAGCCCAAAGCAAAGGACAACAGGCAGAAAAAGUCAAGGCCCAAGGCGUCAGCGUUUUCUGACCCCACCCCACCAGCAGACCAGCAGCCUGGACAGCAGAAGAGCUCGCACACUCACAGUCACCCUAAAAAGAGGCCCAGGCAUCGCUGUUCACCACCAGCCGCCCCCCACGAGUUCAGAGCGUACCAGCUCUACACGCUGUACCGGGGCAAGGAUGGCAAAGUGAUGCAGGCACCGAUAAACGGCUGUCGAUGUGAACCCCUGAUCAACAAGCUGGAGAAUCAGUUGGAGGCGGCUGUGGAGGAGAUCAAAGCAGAGCUGGUGUCCGUUCAGGAUAAGAUGAACGCAAAGCUGGGGCACAUGGAGAAUAAGACCCAGCACCAAAUGCGGGUUCUGGACAAGCUGAUGGUUGAGCGACUCUCAGCAGAGAGGACGGAGUGCCUGAGCCGCCUGCAGCAGCACUCGGACUCAGAGAAGCACGAGGGAGAGAAACGGCAGAUGUCCUUGGUGGAUGAAUUAAAAACUUGGUGCAUGUUAAAGAUUCAGAAUCUGGAGCUGAAGCUUUCUGGAGAUUCUAGGGCCUCCAGGACUAAAUCCACACCAUCCACUUGCGAGUCCUCCACAGGCGUGGAUCAGUCAGUGGUGACCGCAGGCCCAGGAGCAGCCUCUGACAGCCCCCCCCAGGGGGUCAGGCCCAAGGAAAAGGCCCUCAGCUCCACAGCUGCCCACAGACUCCAGCAGGAGUUGUCUUCCUUGGACUGUACAGGCUCCCGACUGAGGAAUGUCAAGGUCCAGACAGCCUCGUUACCCUUGAAAGAGGCAGCCAAAUGCGACCCGCAGGCUGGGCCCUGUGUUGACAGAGGCACCCAAACCAAAAAGUCUGGGAAAAGUGUGCAGACGAGGCACCGUGGCCAGCAGCCAGCAGCCAGCACCACCUGCGGGCAGCUGCCACCGGCAGCAGGUGGCGAGCAGACUGGCCCUCAUACUCGAGAUACCUCCCAGGCGCUGGAGCUCACCCAGUAUUUCUUUGAGGCUGUUUCUACCCAGAUGGAAAAGUGGUAUGAAAGGAAGAUUGAAGAAGCACGAAGCCAAGCCAGUCAGAAAGCCCAGCAAGACAAGGCCACACUGGAGGAACACAUUAAAAGUUUAGAGGAGGAACUUGCUAAACUAAGGACUAAGGUACACAAGGAAAACUAGGGCCUGGGAAGUGGGACAAGAAAGGAUUCCUGGGACUUCCCUGGUGGUCCAGUGGUCGACUCUGUGCUUCCAGUGCAGGGGGCGGGGGUUCGAUCCCUUGUGGUCCAGUGGUCGACUCUGUGCUUCCAGUGCAGGGGGCUGGGGUUCGAUCCCUGGUCUGGGAACUAGGAUCCUGCAUGCCGUGGGGAGGGCGGCGGGGGGAAGGAUUCCUGAGGAUUUCCGGUCCUGCAGCUGCAGAAGAGCUACGUCCGAGGUGUCAGUUUUUGUACACAUAGCAGAACUUGCCUUUUAAAAAAAGCACUCAUUUCUAAAACGUGCCAGACACAUGCUUCCUAUGCCCUGAAGUUAUGAAGACUUCAACAAUUAGACUGAAACUAGGGGAUGCUUGCUUAGUUUCAGGUUCAUUACAGAUUUGAAACCUCAGCUCAAGUUCAUCUGAAGUUCAAAAGCUCAGAUGAAGCGAGCUGUGCUAAGAAACUGAAGGAUGUGUAAGCCUAAACCCUAAUAUUCAGGAUAUGAAAUAAUGUAAAUGAAAAGCAAGAAAAAAUAUGAAUCCCUGUGCACUGAACUCAAGCAGUCAUUCAUACCAACAUGCCUCCUGUGCCUGGACAGUGUCUUUCUGUAGGAGCUGUAACAGACACGCUGAACUCCCUCAAGUUCAUAGUUCCCAAAAUGCUGACAUCUUAACCAGGGAAAACUCACCAAACAAAUUUUGAGGAGAAGGAUUUUCAUGAUGUCACAAGAUCCAGUAUAUUGUAAAAUGUUUUGAAAAGUCAGAGUGUAUUUAAAUAAUGGGUUAAUUGGCUAAUAAUGCUGGGAAUGUCAAUGAACUCAAAGGAGAAAGGUUCAAAUCAUUGGAUCAUGGUUUCUGUAUCUUUCAGCCGAAAGAAAGAAACAGUACAAUUAAUCAUAGUGAUUUUAAAGUGGAUUAAUGGAAAAAACAUUCACGUAGCAAUUACCUGAAAUUUCUAUAACCUAAUUCACAGCCAGUUAUCUUAGAGUACCUUUCUGAAUGUGAGCUUAUUGGUCUACAUUUUAUAAAGAAAUAAGGCUGUUUCUUGAAAGUGUUUCAUUUUGAACUGAGUUCUGUCAUUGAAGAACCUUAAAAGCUUUCCACUGCUUUGUAGCGACUAUGUCAAGGUAAAUAAUGCAAUAAAUUGACUUGGCUUCCCCAGCUUCAGGGAGCACUGUGGAUGUUACUCUGCUCUAUGGAGUAUACAAAGUUGCAAAAGUAACAGUAUGUUGAAACUUUGGAUUUAAUUAUCUUCCAAGCUUCUUGUCCCUUGUGGCAUUAUAUUCAUCUCCUCAAAAUUCCAUAUAUGCAUAGAAACCUCGAUUCUAUUUCUGUAAACAGAGGAACCAAGUAACUGUUGUCUGUAAUUUUGAAUGAACUUUUGCUCAUUGAGCCAAAGAGAAAAUAUGACUUCUUGACAUGGGAACACCCAGAAAAACAAAGUAUGCAUUUAGUCCCUGCGUGUUCUGCCCAUCAAGCUCAGUUGUUUUUGGUUUGUUCUUUUAAAUACUGACAAUCUAUGGAUCUAGGCGUUCCUAA